CCCUGCCUGUCAAUUAGCAAGUUUUCAGAGUAGUGAUACAGAGCCAGUGAACGAUUAUAUAGUGGCUUCGAAUGUUUAUGAUGUAGAUGCAACAGAUACGCAGCAGUGGUCACAGCUACAAACUAAUCCUGUAAUAUUAGAAUCCACAUCAGGUUCUUCUCAAAGUUCAAACGAUAUUAGUCAGUGGUCAAGCAACUCAUUUAGAUCACUUCAACAAUCUCCUGGCUCUUCAUCUUAUUCUCGUCCUUCUCAGCAAGGACACACAUCAACAAAUGAUUAUCACGCGUCCUCAAAACAGCCUGGGUCAAAUUUCUCGAUGUGGUUAAACCCUAACGCCGACCAGGAUAACUUGGACUUUUCGCCAUUUGGACAAACCUCAGACAGUUUGCCCGAGGAAAAGAAAGAGGAGCCUGUGUUAAAUGAUUCGAUUGAUUAUUAUUGGAUUAAGGAUGAAGGGGAAGAGGAUGAUUUAUAUGAUGCGGCGAUUCGAUGCCCUGCUUGUUCUUAUCUUAAUAAUCCUAUUCAUUCCCAAUGUGAAAUGUGUUAUUCACCUCUUGGAGAUUUGGGUGAUUUGAAUAUGCAACAGUGUCCUGUGUGUACAUAUUGUAACCAAAAUGCCACGACUAUCUGUGAAAUGUGUGGCAGUUAUAUGCAACAGCUUGUGACAAUAUUGAAUACAAGAAUGACAGUCUUAGAGCCAACAAAUGCUCAAUAUAUAGAAAUAUAUAGGAGAUUUACAGCAACUAUGCCUACUGUACGAGUGUUGGCCAUCAUUCGCAUGGAAAUGCCAACAAGGCUUGUUGAAGCUCAUGAAAGGUAUAAGAACAACUUGGCCCGACAAUCUCCUCAACGUACCCCAGCCAGCGUUACCCAUAAAAUGUUUCAUGGUACUAAAUGUGUUUGUGAUCCGGGUCGUUAUAUUCGUGGUGGACAAUGGACUUAUUGUAAUGCUAAUACUAGAUGUGGAGUAUG